AGCUAGACGCUGAUGACGCCAACGUGUGCACUGCCACUUUCUUUAAAUAGCUCCGCCUUUUAAGUGCUCGCCAAAUAUCCCGAGUGCUUCAUAUCUUGAUGAACACACAGCUGACACUACAGCAUAAAAUCUUCAACACCAAAUUUGUGCUCCGUAAGUAACAGGCAUUCAGAUGGCACCUGGUGAAACGUCCCACCAAGAAUUAAAACGAUCAAGUUCUGCCGGUGAUAAACGGCAAUGGGUUCGGCCUGAUUUACCUUCGAAAUGUACUUGGCACUUGAGAGUGAAAACUGAAUCUCCACAUCAACACGAGAAGACCACGGUGACAGAAAACAAAGUAAUUCCAAAUAUUCUUCAUCGCAUUGGAAAUACCCCGCUAGUUCGAAUAAACAAGAUUGGAAAAAGCUGUGGCUUGAAAUGUGAAUUGCUGGCAAAGUGUGAGUAUUUCAACGCAGGAGGUUCAGUGAAGGACAGGAUAGGCCUUAGAAUGAUUGAAGAUGCUGAGCGCCAAGGAAAACUCAAACCUGGAGACACUCUCAUUGAACCCACAUCGGGAAAUACUGGGAUUGCUGUUGCUUUAGCAGCGCUUGUGAAAGGUUAUCGUUGUAUUAUAGUCAUGCCUGAAAAGAUGAGUAAAGAAAAGGCGGAUGUCCUACGUGCUUUAGGUGCAGAAAUAGUGCGUACACCAACAGAAGCCAAGUUUGACUCACCAGAAUCACACAUUGGUGUUUCUCAACGACUUAACAGCGAGAUCCCAAAUUCCAUUGUCUUAGAUCAGUAUCGAAAUGCGAGCAAUGCCUUGGCUCAUUAUGAUGGAACAGGUGAAGAGAUAUUUCAGCAAUGUGGUGGCAAGGUUGACAUGGUGGUACUUGGAGCUGGUACUGGAGGUACAAUCACAGGAGUAGCAAGGAAGAUUAAAGAAAAAUGCCCUAACGUUCAGAUUGUAGGUGUUGAUCCAUAUGGAUCCAUUCUAGCUGAACCAGAAGAUCUUAAUAAUUGUGACAACCCAACAAAAAACGUUGAAGGCAUUGGUAAAGACUUUUUUCCCACUGUUCUGGACCGUUCAGUCGUUGACAAGUGGUACAAAGUUGGAGACAAAGAAGCAUUCACUUUUGCAAGGAGACUCAUAAAAGAAGAAGGAUUGCUGUGCGGAGGUUCUAGUGGAAGUGCAAUGGCAGCUGCUGUACAGGCAGCUCAGACUCUGGGGGAGGGACAGAAGUGUGUUGUCCUUUUACCUGACUCUGUCAGGAACUACAUGACAAGAUUCUUGAGUGAUGACUGGAUGGAAGACAAAGGAUUUCUUGAGAAAGAAAGGAAUGGAGACAACAGCAAAUUGUGGUGGUGGACAAACAAAAUCUCCUGCAUCAACCUUUCAAAUCCCUUGACUGUCUUGCCAACUGUUACCUGUCAACAGUCGAUUGACAUAAUGGACAGAAAUGGUUUUGAUCAACUCCCAGUUGUCGACGAAACAGGGUCCGUGAUGGGCAUGGUAACCCUUGGUAAUAUAAUGUCCCAGAUGGUUAGUGGACGAGUAACACCUGAAAGCCCCAUUAUCAACUCUGUUUACAAAAACUUUAAAAAGGUUACGCUGGAUACCACCCUUGGCCAAUUGUCCCGUAUCUUGGAUCAUGAUCACUAUGCCGUUGUAGUCCACAGGCAGCGACCCCAUUCUGGUAAAGGAAAGCUGGAUGAAAAAGAGAUGAUAUUUGGAAUUGUGACACGCAUUGACUUCAUGAACUUCAUUACUCUAAAUCAAAAUAAGAAUGGAGUGAAAAACGGCGAGGUAGAAGAAAAAGAAAAAGAAAAUGAAAAAAACAGUCACUGAUUGUUUGUCUUAUCAAACUGAUGUAAUCCGUGUGCGAUUUUUUCUUGUUUCUCUUCGAAAGAAAGGUUAUUCAAACAACUGUAAAGAGCACAAGCCAUAAUCUGAGAAAUCCCACAGGUUAAAAUGAUGAUAGUAGUAACAUAAUAUUAGCUAUUUAUGAGUGUUGUGACCGUUUUUUACUGGGUCAAAUUUGUCUCCAUGCGAUGUGUUCUUUUAAUUCAAGUCAUUCAAGGACUUGUUUUAAAUGAAAACUAUGUUGUGAGUCUGCCCGAAAAGGUUUCUAGAAUAUUCCGAAAUUUUUACGCUAAUUUCACUCUCCAGAAUUAAAAAUUAAAUUAGAAUUAAAGUGGACUGUCACGUCUGUGGUUGCACGAAAAACGUAAUUGCAGGUAUGUUGAUUGAAACCAAGAUAUACCUGUAGUUUAAUAGUUAGUGCUUGAUAAGAGGACGUAUGAAAAUUAGCGAAAGUGACAGUACGUCAUAUUCAGAAGCAGUUUUAAAACUUUGUUAUCUUGGUGCUGGGAAAAUGAAGGGAAAUAAAAUAUAGAUAUCGUAAGCAAUAAAGAAAAUAAAUAAAUAAAGAAGCUGACUGGUCAUCUCUGUAUCACGUGUUGUUUGUCUGCUAUCGGGAGACGUAGGAGACAGUUCUUGAUGAGACACAGCAAAGCUUUCUUUUUUAGGUUGUCGUGAUCAAGCACGUCUAAAGAAUGACGUGAGGAUCUCAAUACACUCACUGAAGAAUCAUGCGGUCAUUGUAUUACAAUCAAGUGUCAGGUGACUUAUGAAAUAGCGAGCUAUUGAUAACAUAUUGUAACAAUCUCUUGUUCCCUUAACGAUUCUAAACGACCGUAAAAAUAUAACUAGAUUAAUUGGAGUAAUUGUUAUCCUCUCUACCUGUGAGAAAAUAGUCUCUUUAGCUUUUUAAAAUACACACAUUAAGCAUCUAUUCAGUUAUAUAAAUAACUUUAACGCGUCUCUUUAACGUGAAUUCGUCAAAGUUAAUUUUCAUAAAGGAGUUUCCUGGAAAUUAGUCUUUUGUCGAGUUCACGAUCAGGAAAGAAUAUUUUACUUUAAUAUAAGUACGUUUCAUUCCUCUUUUGUUUGAGGCGACUGUCAAAUGUUGUUCUGUCGCACUUUGUGUUA